UGGCAUCCCCUCCUCUCCCUCCUACUCGUCGUGCGUGUGCAUGAGGCCCGCGAACUUUUCGCUCCAUGUGCUGCCGCCGUAGGUCGAAGGACCCAGCGACGGAAGACCGGGAAUCUCAUCUGACUGCAGUUCAUCUGUUCCCUCGUUCUUUCUCGACAUUCUCCUCUCCCGGGCUUUACCUACAGGUAUAGCUCAGGAUUUCCGGGAGGCCGGGAGAGCAAUCGGCAGCCAUGGUGGCCUCUGUUGAAAAUGGUCUCGUCUCGAGUACGUAGCUUCCUGCUAAUGAUGAAGGUUGUCCGUGGUCUGGAGAUGGACAGUGAAGGUUUAAUCGAGGUUUAGAGCGAGGGAUCGCGCCUAAAAAUCCGGAAGGGAGACCCGAGAGAAGAAGAGUGUGCGUAGGAUGCGUUCACUGCGGAACUGGUGAUAAGUAAUUAAGCCAUGGGCUUGUGCUGGUCGACGCCAGGGUUUUAGGGAAGACCGGAAUUUCGGUCGUCUAUCCGUCCUCUGUUCUUAGGAUACUGCCGCUCCAUUAUACUUUGCGGAACUUUCUUGCUUUGAAUGCCCUACAGACUUUUCCUCCAGUAACAUUCCAGAGCGGAAACCGAUACUCUCAGUAUGUCCUCUUACAAUCUUUCAUAGGAGGUCAAAUGGUGGUAUGACGAUGAAGGUUUGGAACUUCAUUGUAGCUGCCGGGCAGAAAAAGCGCUCAGUGGUAAUGUUGUGCUGAGGUAGGGUUGUCAAGGUGUUCUCUUAGAGGUUUACAUUGUCUGACAACCAAACGCGAAUGUAUCUAGAUGGAGUUAGCACAGGUACUGUUUUCUGGCUGCGGGCGGAGAUCGAACUUCUUUGACUUGAAUUCCACUUUUCUUCCGUUGAAGCCGAGCUCACGACCAUCAUGUCUCUUUGCGAUAUCGCCUUUGUCUUCGAAUCUCUGGAAGGGCUCCUCCUCUUCGUCGGAUUCGCUCAGCAUACAGCUUGGAUCGUCCCUUGACGCAUUCAAAUUGGUCCAGGCAGAUGUUGUGAAGGUACAUAUGUUGUCGAAACGGAAGCGGAGGUUGAAAUACUACACGAAAUUGGCCGGGAGGCUUGCAGAAGAUGGCCAUCUUUUGGAAAUGGCCGAUCUUGUUGCAAUGCUUGCUGAUGCAGGCCUCGAUCGCUUCAAUUUCAUCAACUCAAUAAGUUUGGACCAUGUUCAUUCCGCUUGUACCUCUGCCCUGAGUGAAGGCCAGUUGGAUCUUUUUAUGGCGUUUGUUAAGAAACUGCAUGCAGCUGGAUUUUGUGCUUCGAGAUUUGUGGGAGAUGGAGCGAUGGCCCUUUUGUCGGAAGAGUGCAACAGUCUGCUGAUGCGCGGUCAGUUGGACAGAUGUAUCAGUGUCCUAGAGACUCUAUCAGGAUCUGGGUUUUUAUUGAGAAAGGUGGUUGAUACAAAGCAAGUUAUUUUAUGUUGCGCUAGGUCCCGCAACGUUGAUGCUGCUAUCAAAUAUGCCAGUAUGUUGCCUCCCAUCAAUCUUCAUUACAACCACAUGAUACAGGAAUUCGGUAACCAAGGAAACUUGCAGGCCGCAUUCACAAUAUUUAGCUCUAUGGAAGAAGCGAAUAUAAAGCCAGACAUGUACACUUACCGAACUUUGAUAGAUGCUUGUGCUCAUCAAGGGGAUGCUUCGAAAGCUACAGCUGUUUUCAAGGAGAUCAUACAGUCCGGAAAUCAGCCCAAUGUCUAUGUUUAUAACAGUUUAAUGAAUGUUCAUGCUGGAGACGCGGAGGUCGUGUGGCAGUUGUACGAGGAUAUGCGGAGAGUUGGAGUGGAGCCCGAUUUGGCUACCUACAACAUCAUGCUAAAGUCCUGCAGUGUCUCGAAAUGCGCCGAAAGGGCAAAGGCCCUGUACAGUGACAUGGAGGCUGGGGCAGCUACAACAGGGCUGAAACUCGACGUCUUUACCUAUACGACUGCUAUUCAUAUCUUUGGAGAAGCGAAAAUGUGGGACUUGGCUCUGAAAGUGAAGGAGGAUAUGAUCGACGCUGGGGUCACUCCCAAUGUGAUUACGUGGACAGCGUUGCUGGGCGCUUGUGCUAAUGUUGGUAUGGUGGAACAAGCUUUCAACAUUUUUAGCGAGAUGUUGGUGGCCGGUUGUCCCCCUAAUUCUCAGACUUACAACAUGCUGAUAAAUGCUUGUUGUGAGGCCAACCAACAUGAUAGAGCCUUCUUGCUAUUCAAGGAGUGGAAAAAUACGGGAAAAAUUUUAUCCUGCAGAGAAAUCGAGGAUUCAGAGUUUUCUCCCGUUCAAAUUGGCGAAUUUCUUCUAGAGGAGUCAAUAUCGGGUUCCUGCGAGGAUGAUGUGAAGUCUUCCACGAGGUCUUAUCACUCAAAGCCGAAUUUGGUUACAUACAACACUCUGAUGAAGGCUUGUGGUCAGGAGCCCAAGUUGGUCAAAGAAGUAAUGGAUAACAUCAUAUCAGCUGGACUGACGCCGGAUCGAACCAGUUGGUCAACUCUUAUUGACGCGUAUGGUAGUAAAGGCUACUUGGAAGAGGCCAUCAACGUAUUCAGGAGUAUGAAAGAUGUUGGCAUCACUCCCGAUCUUGUUGCGUACACAUCAAUCAUCAAAGCAUGUGUCGAAGCCAGAGACUCUGACAUGGCUUUUCAGUUUUUUCGUGAACUUAAGGGGGUCGGUUUGAGGCCAAAUAAGGUCACCUACAACACCCUUUUCAGGGCACAACGUACUUGCCGGAAGCUGUGCGAGGUCCAGCGUGCCCUUGCACUAUAUGAAGAGAUGCGGGAUGCUGGAUUUGCCCCCAAUGAUGGCAUAUUGAGAGUGCUGCUGGAACAGUGGGCAGAAGGCGCGAUCGAAGAUGGUGUUAGUGAGCAAAGAGCCAGUUCUGUAAAAUACCAGAGAGAAGCGUCAGCUGGCUUUUCUGAAUACACUCAGUUGUUGCUUCAGAAAGUGGCAGUGCAUGCUCAGGCUAAAAACCCUGAACCUAAACUGAUCGAUUUACACGGGCUCUCAAGGGGAGAGUCCCGAAUAGCAGUACUGGCUGUUUUGCGCAUUAUCAAGGAGCGCUAUAGCCAAGGCCACCCGAUAAAAGACGGACUGGUCAUCAUUACUGGCAUCGGAAGACAUAGUGAGAGUCCAGGGAAUUCUGUUAUUCGGCAUGCUGUCUUGCACGUGCUUCAAGACGAGUUGGGUCUUCCCGUUACCUGUGGCCCAACGGAGAUCCGGAUAGUUCGCAAGACAGUGCAAACCUCUUCAGCCACAGAGAGCACAUCUUACGAUAGGAACGGGCUUGCUAGCAAAGUAUCAUUGGAAGAGAAACAUCGUGUUUUUGAAAGUCAAUCCACAUCAGGAGAAGAUGAUCAGAGUGAUAGUUUAGAUGACGAGGAAAUGUCAGACGGCUUUACAGGUAAAGGUGAUCGUGGACCAAGCUUCAUAGCCCGAAAGCCUACCAAUUUUGGAAGAUUGAUAGUUACCAGGGAUGCCCUAGAAGCGUGGUUAACGAAGAAGCGCACCAGAGAGUUAGUGAGGAGGCCGAUCGAAGCCUCGGAGGAAGGUAAAACUGUUUCAUAGCAUGCACAUUUGUACAUUAUAUCAUACAGCUACGCAUCCCUGUUUGGGCGUUUGUGUAGUGAAUUGUGUUGUGCAAGGCUGAAUGGGUAAAUAUAAGAGAGCCCUGCUGGAAAAGGUUCUUUCUAUUCGUGUAAGAUGAAGGAUGCCGAACCUACUGCUCCAGGUGCGGUCGCCUUAGAGCCUCAUCGUUUUAUACAUAGCAUCAUGAAAUGGAUCUCUUUUCAUUGUAUAUCGACGAGAGAUUUAAUUUAUUUCUGGAGAGAGAAGAAUGCUAGAGCAGCGGACACCUUCUUUCUGGCUCUGAACAUAAUGUUUCUGAGUAAACGCCUGAGUAAAU